UUCCGCGGGUUUUGCUGUUCCGACGAGCCCUAGACGCCGGAAAACAAACAAAUCCAGUUGAUCUCUGAAUUUGUUUCUGAUGGCGAUGGCCGGUAUAUACAGAAGAGUUCUUCCAUCUCCUCCUGCUAUUGAUUUUGCUUCUUCUGAAGGGAAGCAAUUGUUCAUGGAAGCCACUCAAGGUGGAACCAUGGAAGGUUUCUUUAAGUUGAUUUCUUACUUUCAGACACAAUCUGAACCUGCCUAUUGUGGAUUGGCUACCCUCGCCAUGGUUUUGAAUGCACUUUCUAUUGAUCCGGGUAGAAAAUGGAAAGGUCCCUGGAGGUGGUUUGAUGAAUCUAUGCUGGACUGUUGCGAGCCUUUGGAGAAGGUUAAAGCCGAAGGCAUUUCCUUUGGGAAGGUUGUAUGUUUGGCUCAUUGUGCUGGAGCAAAGGUUGAAGCUUUUCGCACAAAUCAAAGCAGUAUUGAUGAAUUCCGCAAGCAUGUUAUUGCAUGCUCUACUUCUGAUGAUCGUCAUGUGAUCUCAUCAUAUAACAGAGCGACUUUUAAACAGACAGGUACUGGCCACUUUUCACCUAUUGGUGGUUAUCAUGCUGGAAGAGACAUGGCAUUAAUUUUAGAUGUUGCACGUUUUAAGUAUCCUCCUCACUGGGUUCCACUUAAACUACUUUGGGAAGCUAUGGAUACGUUGGAUGAUGCUAAUGGAUUUCGCAGAGGUUUCAUGCUAAUAUCCAGGCUUCAACGACCACCAGCACUACUUUAUACCCUGAGUUGUAAGCAUGAAAGUUGGGUUAAUGUUGCAAAGUAUUUGGUGGAAGAUGUUCCAGUAUUAUUGAGUUCUAAAAAUGUGAAAGAUGUGAAGGAUGUUCUUUCCAUUGUUUUCAAUUCUCUUCCGUCAAAGGUUCUUGAAUUUAUCAAGUGGGUUGCAGAAGUUAGGAGAACAGAGGAGGGUGAUCAAAGUUUAAGUCCCGAAGAGCAAGAAAGGCUUGCUAUCAAGGGGGAGAUACUGAAACAAGUUCAGGACACUCGUCUAUAUAAACACGUGACGGAUUUUCUGUUCAGUACGAAAUCCGGUUGCCACAGCACACUCUGUUUGGGUAAAGAAACCAGUUUGACCGAUGUUGCAGCUAGCGUAUGUUGCCAGGGAGCGGGGAUUCUGAAAGGAAACAGUGAAUCCCCUAACGGGUUUUGCUGUGGGGAAACACAUGUUCAUUGCAUAAAAUCCACCGGAAACGUGCCGGCUACAGUUGUGUCGGGGACAGUGACGAAUGGCAUUGGUGAACAACAUGUGGAUAUGUUGGUCCCUUCAUCUGCCAAAAAUUUAAGUCCCUCCAGCUCGGGAUUAACUAGUUGCAUUGGAAUGCACCCAGCUAGCAAUGAUGUUCUCACAACACUUUUACUGGCUUUGCCACCACAAACCUGGUCUGGUAUCAAAGACGAUAGCUUGUUCCAGGAAAUUAAAAGUCUGGUUUCUAUAGACAACCUUCCCACUUUUCUUCAAGAAGAGAUUAUGCACUUGCGCAGUCAGCUCCACUUUCUAAAACGAUGCAAAGAUGACGAGGUCAAACAUCAAGAUACAAGCGACAAGGCGAUGGUCUUCCUACAUGGAUCAAAGUCAAACCUGCAUAAUCAAGGUAAGUUGUCGUUAUUGGGACAACAACGGUCCCUUGGUUGUUGUAGCAGACUUGCAGACAGAUAUGAAAGGCUAGAUCGGGUUUCUGGUGGUAUUAAGCGGAUUAUUACAUGGCCUAAACCAAUUGCUUAUGCGUCUAUAAGGUCUAUAUUUUCCGUCAAUUAUCUAUCCCGUUAGUUAAGAAGACGGUGUAGGGUUGAUGUUGCCAAACAGACCGAUCGGUUAACUUUUUUGAUCGAUUAUAGUCGGACUGUUUGGUAUAAUCUUGUGAAAAUGUAAUUUUUUUUAUAUUAAAAAUAGGGAUUUUGAUUGUCAAAUGAAAUUUGCGUUACGGUUUAUGCCUAUUUUGCACAGCUGCCGCCACCACCAACGGUGGUAAGGUAGCAACCAUUGUCUUGGGACCUAUUUGUUAACAAGUUAAUAAGUUUAAUGGGAACGUAUAAUUGUUUAAU